AUGGUUGUUAGGAAGAGUUUAAGCAAGUCUAUGUUGGACAAUGAAGUGCCCAUGGUUUAUGCCACGGGUAAUAACGAAUUCUGUGUAGCGUUGUCGGAAUCGCAGGGAUUUCAUUGGAAUCAAGACCUGUUUGUUUCACAAUAUCAGCAGUUCUAUAAAGUUGAAUACGAUGGGUUUAUCAAGGACAGGAGAUAUGGUAGGUCGAAUAAUUGCGUGAGUCUAAGUUACGAUUCUAAAAAUGGAGUUUCCAAUAGGCAAAAUCCUGAGAUUGUGGAGGUUGAGUCAGAUACUAGUGAGAAAAAUCGUUUUAGAGGAUUGAUAAGUAAAUGA